CGUUGCAGCGAAAAAAGUGUGACGCAGCAAGCAAACAAUAAGUGCUUUUUGUAUGUACCGUUCAUCAACCGGUUUUUUUGUAUUUGUGCAAAUAGUAUUGAGUUUGUGAAAGAUUAUACUUUUCCUUCCCGGACACUAGUGUGUCGAAUCAACACUAUUAUUACUCAAAUUAGUCAAAUCUAAAGAUACUCAAGUUAAGAGAAUCUACGUCAUCAGACAUAACCUAACUUAAGCAAUAGCAACUGUAAAUUCGAUAGAAAUUGUUUACAAAAUGAAUUGUAUUGCUAGAGAUCAAAAUUCUAUCGUUAGUAUGAAACCGGAACGUCGAAGACGAACGGCUCAGCAUGUGAUGACCGUUCCUUCGAAAUGUCUCAACGUUUCUGCUUAUACUGCCGUUGAUAAAGUGGAUAUAGUUCAAGAAAUCAGCGCAAUUGACUUGCAAAGUCAAUAUGGACGAUUCGGAUGGCCCGAAGCCAGUACCGAUGUAUACUAUGGCAUUCCUUAUAUUUUGAGGGAUUCGGUGAAAUAUUUUGCCGUUCAAAUGAUCUUGACCAAAUUGCCGAUACGAACAUAUCUUUCCUGCUUGCAUCAGGAUGUCUACAAAUACUACUUCAGAGUCAUUAAGCAUCCAACUGCCACUGAAUGCCAUCUGUUCAACGAGAUAAACGUAAGGCAUUGUGAUUCCAUGUUUGGCAGAUCAUUGUUCACCAUCGAAUCGUUAACAUUGAUUCGGGACACCGACGCGUAUGAAUUGUGGGAAUUCUUGGACACAUGCUACAGAAAGUUGACCCCUUGCAUGAAGGUCGUGUCCAACAAAAUCGGAUUCAUUCAGUUCAACUUUACCAGCGUCUACGUACCAUUUGUUAUGCGAAACAAUGAACAUUACAUGCCACUGUACUGCUUUUCGAACGUAAACAAUGUGCCGGUCGAUUACAUAUCCGGAUGGGAUUUAGCGUAUCUGCGAUUUUGUUGUCUGUACCAAGGCAUUUGGAAGGGUUCGUCUGACAUCUAUCCGGUGGUGAGCCUAUCGUCAAUGUACGCCAAUCUACCGGUCGACGCGCAUUUUUUCACGUGCUGGCCAUUGUCAAUGGAUCAUAAAUUGAUGCGAAAAGCGGUGCCCGGAAUAGGAGUGGGAAAUGGAUCGGAGCAGGAGACUGGUAGACAAAACGAAAAUGGAAUACGUCAACUGAUGGCUGUGAAUAAGGAACUCAAAAUAACCAUUGGGAAACCUCAACCGGUAGCUGUUAACAAGGGGUCCAAAGUUCAACAGAAUAGUAUGAGAAAACGUUGCGGUGAAACGAUUGACGGUAGAACACCGGUUAAAGUUCGCCGUUGUGAUAGUACGCUUCAACCAUCCAAGGUAUCUAGUCAAAAGAAUCAGGGAUGUGGCGGUAAUAUUCGUAAGUUAAGAUAAAUACAAAUUCCAAUGUGAAUUAUCAUUGAUUUUGAAAUGAGAGAUUUUUCAAUAAAAUAAAAUGUAAAAC